AUGUCAUCGUUGGUACGUCAAUCAUUGAUUGCCGUCGCACUUCUCUCCGUCGCCAUGGUCGAGACGGCGCCAGUGGACGGCGGCAAGAGCACGGCGAAAUCGGUUCCAAAAGCGGCAGCGAUGCGGAAAACCUACGCGGCCGCAAACAAAGCGCUCCGACGCGGAAAACGAAAUGUCGUCGUUGAAGAGAUUCCAGAAGCCGACGAGGAAGAUAUUCUUCGCGAGCAGCUCUCAGAGCUCAGCGAUGAUCAAUUGGCAAUGCUUGCCGACAUCGUUCAAAACGAGAUUGAUCGGUAUGAUCCGACAGCAGAAGCCUAUGACAUCGUGGAGAUACCUGAAUACAUAACCAAUGACGCAUAUGGGCCUCGCGAUCGUCGAAGCGUCGUCUACGAUCCAUAUGCGCAGGAGGACGAGCCAGAAGACGCUGACGCUUAUGAGGAGGUGGUGUUUGUUCCGGAGCAGGUGCUCGUUGAAGCCGCUCUCGAGGCCGAAGCCGAGCAGGAAGCGCAAGACGAGCUCGACGAGUUGGAGCUUCGCGAACGCAUCGCCGAAAUCGCGACGAUUCUCAACGAGCGCGCCACACGACGAAUGAGACUCAUCUAG